AUGAAGUACCUCCAACCACUCAUCAUCCUAGCCCUAGGGCUAAAACAAGCCACAGGCCAAGGUUUUGAGAUCCAGUCAACAAACUGGAACUCCAGCUUCGAGCUUAGUCCCUCCCAGCUCAAACUGGGUAACCUAACAAGCUUCGCCGGCGCCACGCUAAACACCAUCAUCAACUUUGAUCGAACGCAACUUGCAAACGGUGGUCCUCGUCAGGAUGAUUUCUAUAACAUCCAACAUAUACCUAAAGACCAAUACCCCACGCUUCCAGGACAAGUCAUCAAGCUACAGAAGUUCACCGACCCGUCUAACUUCUCCAUCCCCGCAAAGAUAGCCAUGUCCCGGAUCAUAUACAGCACAACCAACAUAAACGGAACCCUUGUCCCAGCCUCGGCAUAUGUUCUUUGGCCCUUUCACGCCAAAGCCUUCAAAGGAAGAAACGCUACCUCUCCCUCCGCGCCUGUCGUCCUCUGGACACACGGAACCUCAGGCUUUUACGCUGAUGCUGCGCCCUCAACCCAUCGAGGUCUAUUCUAUGAUGACUUGGUCCCAUUUACCCUCGCCGAAGCCGGAUACGCAGUUGUAGCACCCGACUACGCCGGGCUUGGAGUUGGUACAUCUUGGGAUGGAAGCUUUGUUCCACACCAAUAUCUUGUUUCAGCUGCGAGUGCGGGUGAUGCGCUAAACGCAUUACGAGCAGCACAGGCUUCUUUCCCGAGACAACUUUCGAAAGACUAUGUCGUUAUGGGACAUAGUCAAGGUGGCUCAGCAGCUUGGCGGCUAUCAGAGCUUCUGGGCGAAAAGAACAAUACAUUUUCCGACAUUUCCAAAUAUCAUCUCGGUACUAUUGCCCUUGCUCCACCGACGAAUAUCUUCGCCUUCGAGGGUGGUAUCCAGUAUUUUCUCUCAUGGAUUGGGAAGGAUCUCAAGAGGAUUUUCCCAUCGUUCAAUCUGAGUGACUGGCUUACUCCGCUUGGUGUUAGGAAGACAGAGCUGAUGAAUGAAGUUGAGGGAGGGCAAAUAGCUACAAGUUCGAUAUUGACUCCUGAAGAUGCACAGCCAGAUUGGACGGAGACAUGGUCUGUUCGAGCUUUUAAGCUUUUCGAGCCUGGGUAUAGGCCUGUGAAGGGACCAUUGCUUCUUAUUCAGGGAACCGCCGAUCCAUACGUGGGAUAUAAUACGACGACAACUGCUAUGGAAGAGACAUGCAAGGCGUACCCUAAUGAUAUCGAGCUUUUGUAUAUCGCGGAGGGAAGUCAUUUCUCUAGCAUUAAUGCAGCGAGACAGACCUGGUUGCAGUGGAUUGAGGAUCGAUUCAAGGGUUUGCCUUUGAUUCAAUCUGGUUGUGUCAAGUCUGAAUUGGACAGUUUUAUGCCUCAGGAGUACUAUCAGACGAUUCCGAACUCUUUCCCUCUGUGGGCAGGAGAGUCGCAGUGGACUUAUGAGCUUCCUACCGCGGCAUAG